GGUAUGAACAAGUAGUGACCCAGAAGGCGCCCUGACGUCAAAGACAACCCACACGCAAAUUCUCAGUGUAAUCGAUCAGUUUGAAGUUUUUUAACACGAUUAUCGCAUGUUAUAGUUUUAUAUUCUCACCAUGCAGAGAAGUCUUUCCCUGCUCUCCGCCUUGAUUCUGCUGCUGCUGCCUUGUAACCCCGGAUCCUCAGAGGACCGCGUGAAGACCAUCCGGGCCUUCGCUGGUGAUCCGGUUAUUCUGCCUUGCCACACCAAUGUCAGCGAGUCAACAGUCGAGUGGUCCUCGACUGUUGAAGAAGGUUUGGUUCCAAAAACGGUCUUGGUGUUCCGCGACGGCUGUGAGACCCACGAGAUGAAGGAUCCGGCCUACUGGUACAGGAGCAGCCUCAUCAUGGACCAACUGAAAAACGGGAACAUAUCCCUGAGGAUUUCCAAUGUGCAGCUAUCGGAUGCGGGGAACUACACAUGCAAGAUGAUCCGCAAGGAAGACCACAGGAAUGUUCUUAUAGAACUCAUUGUCGGUGCUGUUUCGGAGCCCAAACUCUCCUUUAUCCCAACCGUGGGUGUUGGAGUGACUCUCCAGUGUGAAGCCAGCUGCUGGUUCCCGAAGCCUGAGAUAACUUUUCUUGAUGACGAUGACAACAUCAUCAGUGCUGAAGAUCCAAAAAGUGAGCUUGGCCCCAGAGGAUGUUUCAACAUCACAAGGAGAGUGACCCUCCAGACCGCCACCAACAGAGUCUCCUGCAGAGUUCACCAGCCUGACAUGAACCAGACAAGAGUUACAGAGACUUUCAUACCAGAUGGCUGCAUGAGGUCCUGCACUGAAUCCAUCCUCAUCACUGUUUUAGUAACUGUGAUUCUCUGUGGAUUAGGUUUAUGUGUGGUCUACUUCUUCAAGAGAUUCUUUAACUCUGCAGAUGGACAAAAAUUUCCCGGGUUUGGGCGGUCAUCAGAUCAUACAACCCCCAGGAUUGAAGAAGGCAACUGUCCCCCAGGAAACCAAGCCUUUUUUUCUGAGGCUCCCACUGAUCAUGUAAUAAACGUGGAUGACAUGAAGCAGAGUCCUGAUGCAUACCAUGAUCUUAGUCCAGAAUCUGUCGACAAACCAGAAGGCAGUACCGUUUUAGCACCUUGUGUCAAUGAUCUGGUACCCACUGCUUCUUCAGCCUUCCCUUCAGAUGGAACGUACGUUUCCCGUUCCAACAGCUUGUCUUUGCACAGUCCAAAUAGAGCCAAGCCCAAACGUAGAAACACCAUCUCGCGCUCAAGUCUUGUUAAGGUAUCUGAAGAAACGGAGGAGUUGCUACAAGACAAGCCUUAAUACGAGUUGGUCAUGAUACGGGUCAUCGAGGGCGUUUCCACCUUUUUUAGAAACUUCGAGAUUCAACCCAAAUAGCUUUGACAAGAUAUGUAGCAUAACGUGCCUCUUGAUGUCGUUAUCAGCAACACUUUUUGUUGUCAUGAUUUUUAUUUCCGUGUGUCGGCUUUUGAGGUCCAUCUGUCUUCACUUUUUGGUUAUGGGGGCCUUUAAGGGAGCCUUGUGAUAGGGUAGGUAGUGUCAUAUAUGGGGGUAUGGGGUCUUGGUAGGUUGAAGAUCGUGGGUCGGCGAGACCUGGCAUGGAGGGGGGAAGGUUCUGGGAUACUGGAGCUAAUUGUACAGCCUUCUGAGGUUUUCUUGGUGUGUUGGCUCUUGCUUCUUAUCUAGUUUCACAGUUUUGGGAGUUAUAAGGAGCCAUGUGGUAGGGUGUAUAGUAUAAGCUUGUUAAAUACAAAGUUUCCAUUCAUUUGUAGUUGUUUAUUUUCCGGUCCAGCACCAAACCUAAAGCUUGGCGUACACCGACCAAUUCAGGCCAAUUUAAACCCAAUAUCCAAAGUUUGAAAUUCAGCCUGACAGUGGCAGAGCAGGCAUGCCUGUCGCCCCUCCCCCAAAUGAUCAUGAAUGCUGGCUCCACGCCAUCUGGGAGUAAAAGGGAUUUUUUAAAACAUUAUAGGGAUUUAUUCCGUGUUUUUCCUACUCUUAAUUACCUUAUCUGUUUGUUUUUAAGAAGAUAAGAUGACUGAAUUUUAAUUUUAAUUUUAAUUUUACUUUAGGUACUAAAAGAAGCUAAGUACCAAUAAUUAAGCUAGCAGAGGUUCUGCUCCCAGUAUGGACGAUAUGAAUAUAAGGAAUUCCUUUAUUGCCUUUGCACAUUGUACAACAAAUUUGUUGUGCAUCUCCUAGAACAAGUAUAAGAUUCCCCUUGUGCCUUUGUUAUCAAUUAAAUGAAAUGUUAUUGCACAUAAAAUACUAUGUCACUUUUGAUACAAUGGCACAUUUUUGAAUGUAAACACUGUUCAGUUGUCUAUUGUCUGUGCAGAGGCUGCUUUUUAGCCUGGAUGUGCUGUCCAGUUUGGUCCAGUACAGUUAUGGUAUGGUUAACCCUGAUCUUGCUUGUGUUUUCACAGCCAACAGUACCCUUACUUGGUACGUGGGGUGCCAGUUAUGUGAUAACGUAACUUAGCAGCGCGCCACAGUGUGGCCCAUCAAUAUAUUAAACCUAGAAGAAGAACGCAACGCAACUAAUGGCAAGAAGGCAAGAAAAGAGACAAGCACAAACAGCCUUGCAAUUACUGUCUCAAAAUCAACGGGAUAUUUAAACAGUAUGUGUUUUGUGUUUGUUCUUUAUUACCGCUGUUGCACAGGUUGCAUGUUGUUUCGAUCCAACUUUUAGGAUCAGAUCCGUACGCUUGGCACCCCAACAAACGGGUAGCAUAGAAGUAGGACGGUACAGUUAUUUUGGUACCAUUCCUUACUUUUGACAGCAGAAACGCCAAUAAAUGCCACUAUGCUGAACCGAACUGAACUGGACUGCUUGGUGAAAAGCUUUAGUGCUAUUCAGAUAGCAGCAUUAUUCCAAAGAUGAUUGUGGGAAAAAUGCAGAUUUUAAAGUUGAUGGGUGAGUUUGCAGUUUGUACAGAAGAGUACACUGCUUGGGAUAAUUCAGCUUCACUAAGAUGAAGACCUGAGAUCAAUCGAUGACUCUUUUUGUAAAGUCUAUAAAGCUCAGGGUCCUGGAAAGAUGUGUAACAAGCUCGUUACAAAAUCAACCGUAGGUGCUCAACAGGGUAGAGUAAUAGGGUCUAUUCUGUUUUUCUUUCAACGGCCAUUUUUGCCUUUAUAGAUGGGGUUUAUACCAUCUUUAGGGUGCUGAUCUAAGAGAAUCUUUUCCUGUGAGAAAGGUUAACCAAAAUUAUGGCAAACACAGUCAGCAUAUUCCCUCACUCUUUUGGUCGAUCAUCUUUUAUAUUUUCUUUAAUUUGACUGUUUAAAAAGCCCUUAUCUUACUAAAACAACCAAGCUGUCAGCUGAGUUUAAUUGCACUAAAAUUGUUUUUGUGUUUACGUACAUCUUGGAACCCACGGGCGUUUACACCUGUUGAACAGUCAGGAAUUUAGAUUCAAAUUUUGAAACCUAGAAAACUGUGUGCCUACGUCUAACGGGGGAAACUUUCAUUUUUAUAUUUUUUAAAUGGGUCACCCCAACUCAUAAUGCCAGUUAAACAUGGCUGUCUGUAUGAAAAUUAGGUUUUGUUAUAUCUUUUUUAAACAAGCAUGAAAUCCAAAAGAGUAUAAAAACAACAAUUUUAAAUCAUGAAAAUUUGUAGCUGUUUCAGGUUUUUUUUCCCCUGGUGCUUCCUUUUAUGAAUUUCAAUAUGUAAACACUUUCCUUGAAAAGACUUGCCAAAGUGUGGAAAUGUUAUACAAGCCUUUACACACAUGAAUGUUUCGGGUCUUUUAACCUUGAAAGUUUUUGUUACUGUUCCUUUGAGUUGAUUCACUCAGGUGACGAAGACAUAGCACUUUGUUACUUAGAUGUUAAUUAUUUUUUAUACUUUUUUAAAUAGUUAUUAGUUCAUGUUACCUGCAUGGCAUACGUUUGGUACAUUACUUUGUGUUUUAUUACGUCAGUGGUCAAUACAUUACUUUUGAGAGCUUUGCUUAUGAAUGUCUUAUUGCACGUUAUCAAACCCUGUACAAUCAAUAAACAGAGCCCUCUGGUGGAUACAUUGUGA